AGACUAGAGUCUCUGUGACUCUAUGCUUCCUGCUGCCCAUCUCUUCAUCUCAGAAGACUCCAGAUAUAGAAUCACUCCAUGCAAUCAAGAAAAGUAUUUUAAGCAUUGGAACAAAUUGGAAUAAUUUAAUUGAUGCUAUUGAGUCCAUCUCAGGCUGAUCUUGGUACCUCUCAUGCUCUGCCCUCUUUCACCAGACCUCUGUAUUCAAAAUGGUGUUUCCAAUGUGGACAUUGAAGAGACAAUUUCAUAUCCUUUUAAACAUGAUCCUAAUUUCCAAACUCCUUGGGGCUAGAUGGUUUCCAAAAACUUUGCCCUGUGAUGUCACUGUGGAUGUUCCAAAUAACCAUGUGACUGUGGACUGCACAGACAAGCAUUUGACAGAAAUCCCUGAAGGUAUCCCCACCAACACCACCAACCUCACCCUCACCAUUAAUCACAUAACCAGCAUCUCCCAAGACUCCUUUCAUAGGCUGGACCAUCUGAUAGAGAUCGAUUUCAGAUGCAAUUGCAUACCUCCUCGAAUGGGACCAAAAAACAACGUAUGUACCAGGAGGCCACAGAUUAAACCUGGAAGCUUUAAUAGACUCACUUAUUUAAAAUCCCUAUACCUGGAUGGAAACCAGCUUCUAGAGAUUCCUCAGGAUCUUCCACCCAGCUUACAGCUUCUGAGCCUUGAGGCCAACAACAUCUUUUCCAUCAUGAAAGAGAAUCUAACAGAACUUUCCAACAUAGAAAUGCUCUACCUGGGCCAAAACUGCUAUUAUCGCAAUCCUUGUAAUGUUUCAUUUUCAAUUGAAAAAGAUGCCUUCCUAAAUCUGAGAAAUUUAAAAGUGCUCUCCCUGAAAGAUAACAACAUCACAGCUGUCCCCACUGUUUUGCCAUCUAAUUUAACAGGACUGUAUCUUUACAACAACAUCAUUACAGAAAUUCAGGAAGAUGAUUUUAACAACCUCCACCAAUUGCAAAUUCUCGAUCUAAGUGGAAAUUGCCCUCGUUGUUAUAAUGUCCCAUUUCCUUGCACACCCUGUGAAAAUAAUUCUCCCCUACAGAUCCAUGUGAAAGCUUUUGAUGCAUUGACAGAAUUAGAAGUUUUACAUCUACAUAGUAACUCUCUCCAGUAUGUGCCAAAAAGAUGGUUCAAAAACAUGAAGAAACUUAAAGAACUAGAUCUUUCCCAAAACUUCUUGGCCAAAGAAAUUGGGGAUGCCAAAUUUUUGCAUUUUCUCCCCAACCUCAUCCAACUGGAUCUGUCUUUCAAUUAUGAACUUCAGGUCUAUCAGGCAUUUAUAAAUCUAUCAGAUGCAUUUUCUUCUCUGAAAAAUCUGAAAAUUUUGCGGAUCCAAGGAUACGUCUUCAAAGAGCUGAAAAGCUUUAACCUCUCUCCAUUACGUAAUCUUCCUAAUCUUGAAGUUCUUGAUCUUGGCACUAACUUUAUAAAAAUUGCUAACCUUAGCAUAUUUAAACAGUUCCAAAGAUUGAAAGUCAUAGACCUUUCAAUGAAUAAAAUAUCACCUUCAGGAGAAGGUGGCUUCUGUUCUAACACCAGAACUUCUGCAGAAAGUCCUGGGCGCCAGGUACUUGAAACAUUCCAUUAUUUCAAAUAUGAUGAGUCUGCAAGGAGUUGCAGGUUCAAAAACAAAGAGGCUCCUUUCUUACUUUUUAAUGAGGAUUGCCACAUGUAUGGGCAGACCUUGGACCUGAGUAGAAAUAGUAUAUUUUUUAUUAAGUCUUCUGAUUUUCAGCAUCUUUCUUUUCUCAAAUGCCUCAACUUGUCAGGAAAUAACAUUGGCCAAACUCUUAAUGGCAGUGAAUUCCAACCAUUAGUCGAACUGAAAUACUUGGACUUCUCUAACAAUCGACUUGAUUUACUCUAUUCAACUGCAUUUGAGGAACUUCACAAACUGGAAGUUCUGGACUUAAGUAGCAACAGCCAUUAUUUUCAAUCAGAAGGAAUUACUCAUAUGCUAAACUUUACCAAAAACCUAAAGUUUCUGAAGAAAUUGAUGAUGAAUGACAAUGGCAUCUCUACCUCCACCAGUAGGACCAUGGAAAGUGAAUCUCUUCAAACUCUGGAAUUCAGAGGAAACCACCUGGAUGUUUUAUGGCGAGAUGGUGAUACCAGAUACCUACAAUUCUUCAAGAAUCUGCUAAACUUAGAGGAAUUAGACAUCUCUAAAAAUUCCCUGAGUUUCUUGCCUCCUGGGGUUUUUGAUGGUAUGCCUCCAAACCUAAAGACACUCUCCUUGACCAAAAAUAGGCUUAAAUCUUUCAACUGGGGAAGACUCCAUUUUCUGAAGAAUCUGGAAAUUUUGGACCUCAGCCACAACCAAUUGAUGACUGUCCCAGAGAGAUUAUCCAACUGUUCCAGAAGUCUCAAGAAACUGAUUCUUAAAAAUAAUCAAAUCAGCCAUCUGACAAAGUAUUUUCUGAAAGAUGCUUUCCAGUUGCGAUAUUUGGAUCUCAGUUCAAAUAAAAUCCAGGUUAUCCAAAAGACUAGCUUCCCAGAAAACGUCCUUAACAAUCUGCAGAUGUUGCUUUUGCAUCAUAAUCGAUUUCUGUGCACCUGUGAUGCUGUGUGGUUUGUCUGGUGGGUUAAUCACACAGAGGUGACUAUUCCUUACCUGGCCACAGAAGUGACUUGUGUGGGGCCAGGAGCACACAAAGGCCAGAGUGUGGUCUCUCUGGAUCUGUAUACUUGUGAGUUAGAUCUCACUAACUUGAUUCUGUUCUCAUUUUCCAUAUCCUCAGCUCUCUUUCUGAUGGUGGUUAUGACAGCAAGUCACCUCUAUUUCUGGGAUGUGUGGUAUUUUUACCAUUUUUGUAAGGCCAAGAUAAGGGGGUAUCAGCGUCUGUUGUCAACAGGUUCUUGCUAUGAUGCUUUUAUUGUGUAUGACACUAAAGACCCAGCUGUGACAGAAUGGGUUUUCGAGGAGCUGGUGGCCAAAUUAGAAGACCCAAGAGAGAAACAUUUUAAUUUAUGUCUGGAGGAGAGAGACUGGCUACCAGGGCAGCCAGUUCUGGAAAAUCUUUCCCAGAGCAUACAGCUUAGCAAAAAGACAGUGUUUGUGAUGACAGAUAAGUAUGCAAAGACGGAGAAUUUUAAGAUAGCAUUUUACUUGUCCCAUCAGAGGCUCAUGGAUGAAAAAGUAGACGUGAUUAUCUUGAUAUUCCUCGAGAAGCCCCUUAAGAAGUCCAAGUUUCUCCAACUCCGGAAGAGGCUCUGUGGGAGUUCUGUCCUUGAGUGGCCAACAAAUCCACAGGCUCAUCCAUACUUCUGGCAGUGUCUGGAAAAUGCUUUGACCACUGACAAUCAUGUGACCUACAGUCAGCUGUUCAAGGAAACAGCCUAGUUCUUCUUAGCAAAAUGUGACUAUCGAACUUACUCAGGAGAUGCCUGGUUGCCUGAAUUUUCUCAUUAAUUUUUCACCACAAGAGUGCUUUGAAAUUCUCCAAGAAGAGGGAUGUCCUAUGUUAGAGGGGAGUCACCAAUGUAUGACAAAGAAGUUGGAAAGAUGGGAUUUAUGUAAUACAUCAAGUCUUCUUUCUUCUUUCUUUGUAUCUCCAUUUACAUUUCAGUUUCUCAUAUCAGCUCUUGUACAAAGUACUUUUGGAAGACAGAUGACAAGGAGAGAACAUGACACUCUGAUUCAUCUGCAAUCAUGAUCAUUAAAUAUAUGCACAAUCUUGAAAUUAAGAAUAACCAUACUUCUACCCUUAAGAAGUUGGCUUGUGAGCUGGGGUUGUAACUCAGUGGUAGAGUGCUUGCCUAGCAUGUGUGAGGCACUGGGUUCAAUCCUUAGUGCCACAUAAAAAUAAAUAAAUAAAAUAGAGGUAUUAUGUCCAUUUACAACUAAAAAAUUUUUAAAAAAGAAGUUGGCAUGUUCAGGAAAUAGGUAAAAAUACUACAGGUUUUUAUUGUGUGUGUGUGUGUGUGUGUUUUGUUUUGUUUUGUUUUUGCUGUGCUGGGGAUUGAAUCCAGGGCCUUGUGCUUGUGAGGCAAGCACUCUACCAACUGAGCUAUCUCCCCAGCCCCUAAAGUUUUAUAUGAUACCAAACUGUACCAGAAUUAGUUUAGUGAAUUAAAAACCUAGUAAACUCCUCAACAAAUUGCUUUCUAGUGCCCCUUCUGUGCAGACCAAAUGUUAGCAUCACACAGGUAGUUGCUGCUUUUGUGUCUCCUGUUCUUUUCCCUUGGGUACGUUGAUGAGUUUCAUAGGGAAGGGGAAAUAUAGUUACUAUCCAUGAACAUGGUCUACCUACAAAUGGAAAAAUAAUUAAAACAAUUUACCUUUAUGCAAAAUGAUGUUCUUUACCUUUGAUAAUAACUAACCCACUGAAGUAUUUUUAUCUGAACUGCAAAAUACUAUAUCUAAAGCAAAUGAGCUUCAUCCAAUGUUCUUUCAAACUACUUUGUUAACUAAUGCCAUAUAUUUAGAAGUAUCUGCAAACUUGAUGCAACAUUAUGUGGUCUUGAUGGUAAACCCAAAAAGAAGAUGGAAAGUGCAUGCAUUUAUUUAUAGUUAUCAGAGAUGACAAUUAGAUGAAUGACAACUAUACAAAUUCCUUUUUAUUUUUGAAAGUAGAAAAAAAAGAAUCAGAGGUUGACAAAUCUUAAUGUUGAGAAAGCUUCAGUCUCCUAAAAGGACCAAAACAUUCUUAAGACAAACUGGGUAUAAAUUCACAUGAGUUCAAAGUUUGAAAUCUGACCAAUUUACCUUAUUUUAUAAAGUAAUUAUAUAAUAAUAUAUGUUAUAAUAAUUAUAAUGCCAUUUGGAAAAUAGCAUACAUAGGUUCAAAUAUGAGAGAGCAUUAGCUUGGAGAAAUAGCAUUUUACUCAUAUGUUACAAUGCCAAAAGCUGUACUGUAAGUGAAUACAUAUUAUGUGAAUUAUUAUAGUAUAGUAUAUAAAUUAUCAUAGUAUCUGAAUUACUUCCACAGGACAUUUAAUCAAUUAAUAAGAGUCACACAUUCCCAAAUCAAUUUUUAGAAUUAUAGAAAAGU